GUCACCCAGAACCUUGCUUCUCAGUCCAGCCACCUGCCUGACUCUUCUUUGGAUGACUACUGGCUCAGGACUCAGGAGAGCUUGUGAUGACCAGGACACUAUAGACACCAACUUGGUAAUUUGAACAUCUUUCAGUGACCUUCAGCUUUGCUUGAAGAUUGCUUUCUCAGAGGUGCUCCAGACUUCAUCAUAGAGGGAAAUAUUUCUUUUUAUCAUCAAAAUGAAAAUAGACUUGGAGGUCAGUGAGCCCGUCAACUAUAGCUCUGGAGAUCACAAAUACCUGGUUCAGAAAGCAGCAAUUAAAGGUGUCCGUUCUAAUCCGGAACAGCCCUUCACAUAUUCAUCCAGAGACACACCACAAGAAGCCAUAAAAUACCCACACCCAAAGAGCAGAGAUGGAGCAAAUACUUAUGCAGUACAGAUUUCAGAGGACGUUACCCCAGAUGAGAGCACCACAGCUGCACCCAGUCCCUUCGAAGACAUGUCUGUUCGUAGAGGCUUCAUCGUGAAAGUGUUCAUUAUCUUGUCAGUUCAGCUGCUCUGCACUAUGGUAAUCAUCAGCAUAUUUGUUUUCUGCAAACCUGUAAGGAAGUGGAUCAUUGGCAUCCCUUGGUUCAUGUACGCACUCUUCCCAGCUGUCCUGGUUGUCAUCAUUGUGCUUGCGUGCUGUAGGGAUAUCCGACGCCAAGUGCCUGCCAACUACAUUCUCCUGGCAUUAUUCACACUUCUGGAAGGUCUCAUGCUAGGGAGUAUGUCCAUUUUCUACAAAGCGGAAGAGAUACUAUGGGCAGCGGGAGCAACCACUCUGGUGACCUUAGUGCUUACUUUAUUUGCUCUACAAACAAAAUGGGAUUUUACCAUGCUAAAUGGAGUGAUGUUUGUUUUCCUCGUUGUGCUUAUGAUCUACGGGAUUAUCGCACUCGUUGUACGAUCAUACUGGUUACAUCUGAUAUAUUCAGCACUUGGAACACUGAUCUUCUCCAUGUACCUGGUAAUGGACGUGCAGAUGAUGGUUGGGGGGCACUACCAUUAUGAGAUAGACCCCGAAGAGUACAUUUUUGCUGCUCUGAACAUCUAUGUGGACAUCAUCAACCUUUUCAUUUUCAUUUUGGACCUGAUUGGACGAUAGCCAAUGGCCAAGGCUGGCUUAUGCUGAGAAGGAACGUGGGAUGCCUGUGGAGUGUUGCCAGGCACAGGCACUCAGUGGUGACCACUCACAGUUCCUUCCAUAGUUAUUUGUUUGUUUAUUCAUUUAUGUCAAAAGAAGUGAAGAAUUCAGUAGAUGGUUGUUGUUAUACUUAUUUCCCUUGUCAUACGGUAAAACUUUCUUAUCCAUAUGAAAACAUUUCAGAUUCCUAUAAAUUCAGAAAAUGAGUAUCCUAAUUAUAUACUGUCAUACAUUUAGAAGGUUUCCAUUGCUUUGUUGAAGUUUUAUAGGCAAGAUUUAAAGCUGUAAAUACCUUUACAUAAAUAAAGCUGAUUGU